AUGCUUUUUCAAAACAUUUUAAUCGGUCUUUCUUUGACUAUUGCCGCUACGGCAGCUCCUUCUGCUAAAUCAGGCUCACAAUUAUUCUCUUACGCCUUGUCUGAUUGCACUGUAGAAUUAGGAAUUGUGAGAGAUUUACCAAACGAUGGCGUCCAAGGAACACCAUGUCAAACAUUCAAGGCUUUAUAUCGUACUGACGAUACAAGAUAUCGUAAUUUGGCUCAAUCUGUAAAAACUAUCAAUAUUCAAUCAGGCUGCACUGCUUACGUUUAUAGUGGUCCAUAUUGCCCAGACAAUCAAGUUACUCUCAAAGUUGAUGGUUUGACUUCAGGCGAACAAUGUCAUGAACUCGAAGAUUUAGCCGAAAGUGUCAAGGUUGUCUGCCAUUAA